CAUAUUCAUGCGGAAUCCGUCAGUUUAUAUAGUAAUAUAAUUAAUAAUUAUCUAAUAAAACACUGCUAUUUUGCACUCUAAUUAUAUAAAUAAAUACUUCCUCAAUACGUAUACUAAAAAAAAUUAUAAUUUGAAGAAGGUAUGAAGAAAGUAGUUGACUAGUUGCUGCUGAGAUUUAAAAUUUUACUACUAUUCGAAACCUGAUGAUCUACUGUCUGUCUAUUAGAAUAUUAUUUAUUUUAUUGUAAGCAGCAUGGAGGUUUCACAAUCUUUAACCCUCAAUGAAGCUGCCCUACAGCAGCUUCCUGAUGAUAAGAAGCCACAUUUUAUAUUUGAGUGGUUAAGGUUUCUUGAUAAAGUUCUUGGGGCUGCUCAAAAGACAGAUAUAAAAAACUGCCAACAGAAGUUAGUAGCUCAGCUUGUUAACCUACUUCGUGAAAAUCUUGGUCCACCGGCAAGGAGAGUGCUUGCUAGAUGUCUGGCAACACUGUUCUCUGUAGGAGAUACAUUCCUAUUAUUUGACACUGUUAAUAAGUGCAAUGACAUUAUUAAAGUGAAGGAUGACUCUCCUUCUUACUUGCCAACAAGACUUGCUGCCAUUUGCUGCUUGGGCAGUAUGUAUGAGAAACUUGGCAGAAUGAUGGGGAGGUCCUAUGAAGAGACAGUCACGAAUCUAGUUCGGUCAUUGAAAAGUGCUGAAUCUCAGACGAGAUUUGAAAUUAUGGUUACACUAGAGAAGAUCUGCAUCGGUAUGGGCACAGCGGCGGGCACUGUGCUUCGAGAAAUAUCGCGCGCGGCUCGCUCGUCGCUACUGAACGAGCGUACAAGCGGAGUACGCGCUGCGGCAGCACACGUCUUGCGCAGCAUGUUGCCUUUGCAGAAGCUGACAGCAACCGACGUAGAUGCCAUCGCGGCUGCCUGUCUACGAGCGGCUCAUCCUAGCGACUAUCAGCUCAGAUGUGCUAUUGCCGAGUUAUUAGGUGCUCUCUUUGCCGCGACACAAGCCGGAGAUGCCACUAGUAUAACCACAAAAAACAAACUUGGAAUGCCACCAGUGCAACAGAACAAGAAAGAACCAUCCAAGAAUAUAGUAUCGCUUGAUGAAGCGCUUAAUUUGUUGAUGGGUGCAUUUCUGCGGGGCGGUACAUCAUUCUUGAAAGGAGAAAUUAUUAAAUCCGGUUCUGGGGUGAAUAGGGAGGUUCGAGUCUGUGUUACUCAUGCAUAUGUGAAUUUUGUCCAAAACAUGGGUGGAGUGUGGCUGGAACGUAAUAUGACCACAUUUCUGAAUCACGUGCUGGAUCUGGUGGCGAAUCCUAAGGCAGCCAGUUCCCACGUCGACGCUGUCUAUUCCAGAAAAUGCAUCAACUACAUUCUAAGAAAUACGCUGGGUAAAAUGUUGGGUGAGAAGGCCCAGGCGUCGGCCUGUCGAGAGAUUAUACAAAUUGUUUCCAAACAGAUGAACAGCAUUGACUUUAACCCGGAGAAUGCGAAGGAUUGUAAUCAGGAAACACUAUUCAGCCAGCAUCUGUUGGUGUGCGCGCUAACAGAAGCCGGUGAAUUGUCACUGCAAUUGGGAACUUCUGUUCAUAAUCUUGUGGCUGAUAAUACUUUGAAGAUGAUUGACACUAUUUUUACGGUUUUGGAGCACCCGUGUGUUGCGGCGCGUUUGUCUGCCGCGGGUGCGUUGCGGCUUGUAUGCGAAGCCUACCCCGCGCUAAUCACGCCACUACUGGACCGUGCGUGCGACGCCCUAGACACACCCCGUGCUACGCCCCAUCACAUUUCUGGUUACUCAGCGGCGGUGGCAGCAAUAUUGGGCUCGGUGCGUUCUUCCCCGCUGGGCAUUCCGCACGGGCGCGGCAAGGUGGCGUUUAACGCUGCGGAACAAUUGUUGCGGUCGGCCGGACAGAGCACUCGACUCACCGCCGCUCGAACUAACGCCGGCUGGCUCAUCGUGGCAGCAAUAUGCACUCUAGGAGUCCCCGUAGUGCGUGGUCUUUUACCGCGUAUGUUGCUGCUGUGGAGAAACAGUUUCCCGAGGUCAGCCAAGGAGUUGGAGUCAGAGAAAGCCAGGGGAGAUGCUUUCACUUGGCAGGUGACACUGGAAGGUCGCGCAGGAGCUCUGUCGGCUCUGCACAGCUUGCUGGUGCACUGCCCAGCGUUGGUGAACAGCGAUGAUACAGCCAAACGACUACUGCAGCCGAUAGAUGGCGCUAUUGCAGUGCUUACCAACGUAAGUAGCGUGGUGCGCAACUACGGCGGAGUUUUGAAGGCGCCGAGUGCGUUGUUACGGCUGCGUAUGUACCGCGCGUGCGCCGCAGCAGGGGGCGUGUGCGGCGCCGCGCCCGCACUCUUGCGGCUGUUAGCGGCAGAGAUUGCGGCUAGUGCUGAGCCCAGCGGUGCAGCGGUAGCCACAGGAAUGCUGAGAAACGCAAUGCACCCUCGCGAUACAAUACUGCUUGGUGAAGAAAGUUUGAUCUACGAAACUGACCAUGCCGACGUAGAAGAACAGUUAAUAUCAACCCUGAGCGCGAGUGGGUCCGGCGCCUUGGAGCACGACCCCUGCUCGCUGUACGGAGACUUGUCUGGAGCGCAGCCGUUAGGAGUCGCUGUCAUCGACGCGGCCGUCGCGCUGUUCCCGCAGAUAUUCGCCAGAGCAGCUGACAAACACAGGCAACAAAUGCUGGAGCAUUUCGCGGAGUGUAUCAAGAUGUCGAAGGGUGCGCGACAGGAGGCAGUGCAGAUCAACGUGUACACUGCGUUGUUACUCGCGCUACGCACUCUCACGGAUAUGAAGACGUCGCUCGGACAGGACGCGGUCAAGAUUGUCUGCACAGAUCUCAUCAUUGCAGGUUUGUCGGCGAAUAGCGUGCCGGUGCGUGCGGCGGCCGCGUCGUGUGCGGGCCGACUGUGCGGGUGCGUGUCGGAGGCUGACUGUCAGGCGCUGAGCGAGCGUGUGAUAGCGCUCGCCCGCUCCACGCCCAACAAGAAUGCGCGCGCAGCCGCUGCAGCCGCUGUAGGCGCUGUACAGCGGGCGAGAGGCGCCGCUUCAAGCGCUGCAGCGCUUGCAGCGCUUGCAGCACUUGCUCAAGACUCCAGCUCUAUAGAAUUACAGGUAUGGGCAGUGCAUGGUCUCUCGGUGCUGGUGGACGCGUCAGGUCCGAUGUUCCGCGGGCACGUGGAGUGGACGCUAUGCACCGCGUUGCGUCUCAUGUUCUCGUCACCGGCAUGCUCCGAGCCGCUGCACCGCGUACUGGGCCGCGUUCUCGCCGCACUUGUCACUGUCCUGGCACCUGAGCUGCACGCAUGCUCAGGCAGCGCAGCAGGGCGGUUUGUGUGCGCUUGCGCAGCGCUGCAAGAGCUGGGCGGAGCCGGCGCACGCGCUGAAGCCGUCGGUUGUUUGCAGCAGUUGCAGAUGUUUGCGCCGCACCACGUCAGCCUACCCUCCUUGGUGCCACCGCUCUGUCGCGACCUGUCGUCACCCGACCUGUGCGUUCGUCGCGCGUCGCUGUGCUUCCUGCGACAAUUGACGCAGAAGGCUGCGAAGGAGGUGUGCACGUACGCGCUACAGGCCAAGGAUCAUGUGCCGCAUAAAUCUUACUGUGGUGUAGCGAUAUCGGAGACGGGAUUGCCUGGAGCGUUGUUUGCGUACCUCGACUUGGAACGUGACGCAACUGCGGCUUCGUACGCGCGCGACACAUUGACAUGCUGCUUGUUAGCCGCAGCUAACACCACUGUACGCGAAUGGCUUGCAUUGGCCAAACGUGUACUCACCGUCCGACUGGAAGACAGCAAUAGUCCCGACAAUGAUUUAGAGGGAGACGGAGAAGACGAUGAUGCGGAGUUCCACGCCGAGAGUGAGCAGGAUACACAUCCUGCGCUGCAGCCCAGGUGGCCUACCAGGGUGUUCGCUAUGGAGUGUAUACAGAAAAUAAUGUCGGCCUGUGAAGCGACUUGCGAGCCGGCGCAUUUCGACCUUGUGAAGGCUAAGGAGAAAUUACAGAAGGAUCCAAAUGCUGACUAUCUAUCCCUGCAUCUAUCGGAGCUGGUGCGCAUGGCAUUCGUGGGUGCCACUGGCGAGUCGGACGCUCUGAGGCUCAGUGGACUGCGCACGCUUCAGACCAUCAUACAGAUGUACGCACGCGCUCCCGAGCCCGACUUUCCGGGACAUUUGUUGCUGGAGCAGUAUCAGGCGCAGGUGGGGGCCGCAGUUCGUCCCGCGUUUGCGGGCGACACGGCGUCGCACGUAACUGCGGCGGCGUGCGACCUGUGCUCCGCGUGGAUCGGCUGCGGCGUGGCGAGAGACAUCAACGAUCUACGAAGGGUUCAUCAAUUGCUUGUUUCAAGUUUGGACAAAUUGAAUAAAAAGGGUAACACUACGUUGAUCUACAAUGAAAGUAUGGCAACACUGGAAAAAUUGUCCAUUUUGAAAGCUUGGGCAGAGAUAUACAUCGUUGCAAUGGUGAGCAAUGAUAGUGCGCCGGGCAGCUAUGUGAAACAGCUCGAUACCAAACCGAUCAACAACAAGGCAGAACUGGCGCGAUGGAAGCAACAAGUGUCACAGAGUAACAACGACGUCGAAACAGACUCGGACGAUUACGGCGACUUCGAGUCGAAGGGCGAGAGUCUGCUGAAACUUGUGAACCCUGAGUUGGUGAGCCUCAGUGAGAACUGGCUCGCUGCUUUGAGGGACCACGCCCUGCUUAGCUUGCCACCUGAGUUUGCGUCGCAGCUGCCGCACGGGGGUGGGGCGUUCUAUUGUGCGGAGAGUGCGGAAGCCUCGCGUGCGCAUUACGCGACCGCAUGGCCCGCCAUAUUGUACGCCGCCGCACUGCGAUACAACGAGCGCCAAGAAAGCACUGUAGAAGCCACCGCUGACAAUGAGACGGAUAACAAGACUUCGAAAACGGAAAAUAGCAAUUGUGAGUUCUACGAGCCAGCCGAUGAAAGGUUCCAUUUAUUGUUCGGCAUAUGCAUGGAGGCGCUCUGUGCCCAACGCGAUAUGAGCGAGGAAAAUACCAUCUCCGUGCUGCUGUCGCUGCUGGCAUUGCUGGAUGAGCCCCAGAACAGAGACAGGCUUAUCAAAGACAGAGCGCUGGGCAUUGAGGUGUGCCAAGCUCUACAUCGGUGUGCGCUCACCCGAGGCCGGGUGGAAUGUCUGCUGCUUUGCGCCGAUGUUUUGAGCAGAAUCGUCUGUGCUGCCAAGGAGAAGCUUAAUCUUCAGAUGCAGCAGAAGAUCAAGGAACUUGCGCCCGAUGAGCCAGCGGAUGGAAUACCGCAGUCCGUACUAGAAGUUGUCCACACGCUGGGCGAGGGUGGGCCAACGGGUGAUCUCGCGCCGGGAAAGUCGCUCGUAUUCGCCUGUUUGGAAGUGUGCGUCUGUCUGUUAGUGCGGCGGCUGCCUUCGUUGAGUCCGCUGAAGCAAGAGGGCAGAGUGGGGGUGAUUGGAGUGCGUAAGGGGCUGGGGGUUCAUGGUGACACGCUGGUGGUGAAGAGCUUGAUGUGCAUGUCAGAGCUGACCUCGCUAACAAGUCCGCAAGGUGCAUUAAGCCUUCUGCCGACGAUGCUGUUCCUGGCGACAGAAGUGAUUCGCGAAAGUGGUGGCAACGAGACCGUCGCCGCAGCGGGUGUGGCGCUGUUGCAGCGCUGUGCUGAGUGCAGCACCGUGCGGGUCAGCGAGUCCGCCAGCGAGCAGCAUGCUCACUUGCUGCACGCCGCUCUUGCCGAACUCAUCGAGACUGUGAACACCGGGGAUGGUAGGCAGCGUCUGGAUAGCGUGACCACGGCACGCGCAAUGGGCGUGCUUCUGGCGAGGAUAGAGCCCACACCUUCGCUUCACUACCCCUGUAUCAACCAUUUGCGGCAUUGUAUCGACACUAGCCAAGACGAGGUGUUCGCGUCGCUGUGUGAGGUGCUGAGUGAGCUGUGGCGUGGAGGGCAGUCCCGGGUCGUGUCAUGGUGGGCACGCGCAGUUGGUGGGCGAGUGGUCGCUCGAGCUGCUUCCUCCGCCCGCGCCGUCUCCUCCGCUCAGGCCCGAGCCUGCUCCGCCGCGCUCAACACACUACACCACCUCCUGCCCGCAGCCCCCGCUGACGCCCACGCUCCUCGUAAAGGAACCCAAUUGUUAUGGGUGCUUGUGCCUAUAGCGAUAUCGUACCUGCGUGAGGGUAGCGCACUUGGGAGCGCGGCGCCUCACGUCCGCACGCUACACGAGUUCGCGCUCAACUGGCUCAUGAAAUUGGCGCCUGUCUACCCGCAGGAGUUCAAGACAAUUAUGCAUCAAUCGAGCGAGUUACGCCGUAAGUUGGAGAAUGCGGUGAAGGCGCAGCAAGCUAACCGCAACGUGCACGCAACGCAGCCGCAACGUGCCGUGUUCUCGACGCGUCCGGUCCGUCCCGCCAUACACCUCAAGACUGACUUUAGUGACUUCCGGUAGACAGCAUAGAUCAGUUUUACGUCUAGAUUGACUGUGACAGCUGUGAAAACGUCGAAAAAAAUUGACUUUGGAAUUAACCUAUUUUUGAAGUUUACUUCUUACGCGUUACGACAAAAUUAUGAGAGUGAAAUUAUAUGAUGCGCGCGCAUCGCUUUAACACAAAAGUAACAGGUUGAAGUUGGUUCCUUAAUUUUUCUGACGUUUGCGUCAUUCGUUAUUUUUUUUUGUGGUUUCUUCGUCCAUUAUUAGGACGGGCAAAGGGUUCAAGCCCAUACAGCCGUAUUCAUUAUUUAAUAAUUAAUUGUCAAAGCCAUCUUUGUAAUUUUUAAACAUUGGACGUAGUUCCUGAAAAACGCGCAAGCCAAGCCACAAAUAUCACAUCACAGGAAUUAGUGUUUAAAGUUUAAUGGAUAUUAGUGUAUUCCAUACAUGUGGGUUGGGCUAUUAAUUUAUGAUGUCAUUUAAAGAGUUACAUUUGGGCUGUUAUUUUUGUCAAAAUCAGUUUAUUCAAGUAGGUCACGAAAAUGACACUUAUGAAUGUCAAAAAAAUAAAAUAUUUUUCUUAUUGAAUCUACCGCUACUUCUUAAAGGGUUGAGCUAAUGAGAAGAAGUAGCAAGAAACUCAUUGCCACUCUUUUAUAUCAAGAUUUACAGAUCAUUUUAAUUACAAUAUAAUAUGUAAAAUGAUGCAACAAACACACUCAAACGUCAAAUAGUCAAUGUUAAGACAUGAGUAAGUCAAAAAAAUAAAUGUAAAUUAAUACAAAAGUUAUUGGUAGCUGCAUCAUCCACAUAUACCAUAAAUCAAUAAAGGUAUUCUGUGAGCAUUUUAUAAGCGAUUAUAAAUAAAUAAACAUGUAUAUAUAUGACUCACGUGACCAGUUUUGUCUUCUUAACUCAAUUUCGACAUGAUUGUGGUUUGGAACGUUUUUCUGGAAUGACGACCAAUUGUUCUUUCUAAAAACGUAGAAUAGCGCGAGGAAUAAAUCAUUUCGAUGAUUUUUACUUCGUUAGGCCAAAGAAGUAUAACUUCUUGCGUGCAUACAUAUAAGUACACACACACUUUUUUUUGAGCAACGCACGCACACUAACACAGUGUCAUACAAAUCGCGUGUGUAAUACGUAGCUUGUCACGCACACUAAAAUAUUAAACCUGGCCCGUUUUCAUUGGUUGUCUGUUAGCUGUUAGCAGCUAGAGGCUCUGUCUAGACGUAUAAAUUGUCUCAGAUUAUAGCAUUGAAAUACGUAUAAGUGAUCUAUGGUAAUAGCCAAAUGGCUUGUAACCUAAUGACGACCCCUAUACCCCAGUGGAUAGUGACCCUGCCUACUGAGCAUAAAAGUCCCGGGUUCGAUUAUUUAAUGAUGAAUAUGAAUGUUUGUUUCCGAGUCAUGGAUGUUUAUUUUUAUUUAUGUAUGUUUAAGUAAGUAUAUUCUAUUAAAUAUUUCAUUGUCUUGCACCCAUAGUACAGGCUAUGGGGCCGUUCAUAAAAUAUGUCACACUAAAAUCAGCUUUUAUUGACCCCCUCCCCCCCUAUUGCCACGCUGUGUCACACUUUCUGUGACCCCCCCUAGAAAUAUUUCGUCACAAAAACUAAAUUCCCCCCCCCCCCCCCUGCUGAGUAUGAUAAAUUCUAAAUGAUAGUACACAAAUUCUGAAAUAUAAAAAUAUUUCGGCAAUAAAGAGUAUAAAGUAAUUAUCUGAAGAGUAUUAAAUAGAGAGAGGGAGUAUUAAGUAUUGGAAAAACAAAGUAACCAGUUGUGACGGAUCACAACGCCGCUAGAGUCGCGCCACAGAGCUAGCGCUCAUGUCAAAAAAUAAUAAACGGCGAACGUUACGUUGCCGUACGCCCCCGUCCCCCCUUGUCACACUCAGCCAGACACCCCCCCCCCUGUAUGUGAACGGCCCCUAUGCCUAGUUGAGUGUGUAAAAAUGUGUCAAUAUAAAAAAAAUCUCUGUCUAUCGAUGUCGUAUAAGCGACCUAUAACCUUUAUACGUAUUUCAAUGCUAUAAUUUAAUAAUUUUUUGCAUACAACCCGUCGAAAUAAUAUUAGUGGUCAAAUGGGUGAACUAGUUCCCAAAAUUAUCAUAUAUUCUUAAGCCCCGUGUAUAAGACGUGUAGCCAAAAUUAAAACAAAAACACUUAGCUUAGUGUUAAUAACAAAACUAUGUUAAGUAGAUCUAAAUAUUAUAUUUUAAACUAAUAUUUAUAUUACAAAUAACGUGUGGAAAAAUUAACGACAAUUUGUAGAAGAGCGUAGCUCAUUAUAUUUUCUACUAUACAUUAAUUGAACUAAUGUAAUUUUAAUGGCUUGGUAUACAAUGUAAGAAUAUAAAAAUAUUUAUAAUAUAUAGAUGCGUUAAACAUGUCGCCAACACAGGUGAUUUAUAGAACACCAGCGGAUAAAUACUGAUUUAGUAUAAAUAAUCAUUUUAAUUUAUUGACCGAUUACAAAUGUCCAUAAUAAUAAUAUAGACUUUUUAUUAAUUGUCCAUUUGAUAUUCUAUAUUUUAGUGUUAGUAUGUAAGUACGGUUACGGCCGUUCCCAAUAUUCAGUCUAUCUAUCCGGUUGUGGCCUACUUGAGAUAAAAAUCGUAACUAUCGUUGACUUUUCUGUCUCAAUAAACUUAUCGACGGUAACUCACCAUAUCCGUACACGCUGUCUGUUAAUGGAAGGACGUAUAGCUUACCAGCGAUAAAAGUUUGUAUGGAAAUUGCAAUUCACGCGUCCCAAUAUAAGGCGAUAAGAAUGACUUAUCGCGUAUCUAGAUUGGGACAGCUUCAGAUUAUUGACAGCUAAUUACUGACAGUAGAAGGUAGUAAUUUAUCUCUAUCUGUAGAUAGUAUAUUAGGAACGGCCGAAAGUGGACGAAAUUUUAUUUUAAAUUUUAUGUUAGUUAGUUAUAAUGCAUGCACUAUGUUAGUUUAGUUUAUAAUUUUCAAAUGGAUCCCAGUUAGUUAAAGGCCUCCUCCAUUCCUUUCUAUUUUUCCCUUUUUCGAGUCAGUUUAUUCCGUUAAUCUCUAUAAUGUCAUUGGUCAACCUGUUAUGCGGUCUGCCCACAUUUUUCUUUUUCCUGCGGGUCUCUUCCAUGUUGUGAUCUAAAUAGUCCAUAUGGUCAAACUUUCAUAUUGUUCAUAUUAUAUUGUGUUAAUAACCAGUCACCUCACACGUUGCCCUUCCCCGCAACACCACCCACUGACAUCUUUAUUACCCCGUCCCCGUCUGUUACCCCCUUGAGACGGUCGCGCACGCAGUUGUCGGGCUAUAGUCGUCGAAUGUAAGUUACAUAAACACACGCCAGACAUUUAUUUAUUAAUAAGGUUUAAUAAGUUUUUCAUCUUAGAUACGACCAGAAUUCACACUUCCUAUAUUCUUCCCUAUUUUAGUAGAGUGAGACUUCCGUACUUCUAUUAUUAUAUAUCCUUUACAAUGUGUCAUGUUUUUAAAGUGAUAAUACACAAAUAAUUCUUAAUAUUGGAGUUGAGCAGGUUAUCAACUGUAAAGUAGAUCCUGUAGAUGAAGCCCCAAACUGAGGGUUGAACAAAGUAAACAAGAUUUUGUAACGAGGCGUUACUCGAACGGUUGGCUCAGUUGGUUAGAGCACCGGCACGGAACGCCGGAGGCCGUCGGUUCGAGUCCCGCAUCGUUCAUAAAAUUUUGUUUUUGCAAAUUUUAUUUGUGUAUAUAUCCUUUUCCAAUACCUAUAUCAUGUGGUGCUAACUUAAUAAAGUUACAGUAGUAAAAGUUAACAGUAGGUAAAGUGUGCCUCCAUUUUAUGAUUAAUCAGUUUUCCAGAUAGUUGCAUCCAUAACUGUAACUUUGCAGAUGAUAAUAAGUUCAAAUGUAGUCCCCCGCGCUAGAUUCUCAAUUCGUUUGAGCGUUUAUUUGUGAAAGAAUGUGAUUUGCGAAAUAAAGCUGUGAUAGAAAAAUGUGUAGUCAAAUUAUGUACGAGGAUAUAUCUCACUGCCUUUCACUACCGAAAUAAUAUUAUUAUAUGACUAUAUAGAGGCUAUAACAAUUAUUGUAAUGUAAUUAGGUGAUAAGUUAUAUUUUAUUAUAUUCCAACUAUUUAUUCAUAAAAGGUUUAAUAAAUUAAUAAUUAAUCA